AUGGAUUCCCCUCGCGCAAACAGAGACUAUUACGAGAAUCCGUACUACCUCCACAACUCAGAUCAUGCGGGCCUUGUGCUCGUCUCCGAUCGCCUUACUUCUGGAGCCGAGUUCCAUUCAUGGCAUCGCUCGGUUCGAAUGGCGCUCAACGUACGUAACAAACUUGGCUUCAUCGAUGGUAGUAUUCCUAAACCUUCUGAUAACCAUCGCGAUUCAGGAUCUUGGUCUAGAUGCAAUGAUAUGGUUGCUACUUGGCUCUUGAAUUCUGUUUCCAAGAAGAUAGGUCAGAGUCUAUUGUUCAUGUUUACUGUUGAGUCUAUUUGGACGAACAUCCUUUCUCGUUUCAAACAGGAUGAUGCUCCACGGGUUUAUGAGAUUGAGCAACAGCUAAGCUCGAUUCAGCAGGGUUCAAUGGACGUUAAUGCCUACUAUACUGCAUUGGUUACUCUGUGGGAAGAGCAUAAGAACUAUGUUGAAUUGCCUGUGUGUUCUUGUGGCAAAUGUGAGUGUAAUGCAGCCGAGCUAUGGGAAUGUCUUCAACAGUGA